CUUCCGUGUGCGCAUGCGCAUACCAGCUCUGCAGCGUGUUCGUUGUGUCUGUGUGUGUUGCUAGGAGAAAAACAAGAGCUCUGUCUCGGGAGAAGAGAGAAUGGAGGAGGCCUUGAAGAGCAUUGGCAACGUCCUGUACGGCGGAAUACGGCCGGAGAUCCCGGGGCACGGCGGCGAUGAGUGCGCUAACUACCUCACUCCCAAGCAGAUGAUUGGAGAGACCCUACUAACAUCCACGAUAAUGGUGGUGGCGGGCACCCUCGCCUGGAGGACGCUCACCAUGCCCAAGACGUUCCCCAGACACGAAGACCUCCUGAGCAAGCGGGCUCUGCUAGCAGCCCUGUGUCUUCUGUUUGGCAUCGAGAUAGGAUACAAGAUCUGCAAUCGCAGUGCCCUCUAUCUGCUCAACCCAUGCCACAUCAUCACCGUGAUUGAGAUAUGGCUACUAGCAUCAAAGCCAGGGAAGUUCUCAUUUUCAUUACUGAGGUACAAAAUGCUAAUGUCCAUUUCAGCGCUUUCUUAUAAUAUUUAUCCAAACGUUUGUUGGCCCACCUUGGUGUAUUCUAUAUUCUUCCACCACUCCUGCAGUUGUUGCCUUACUAAACUAACCCACGAUUUCUUUAACAAACACGCGAUUAUGAUGGUACUAAUACUCAUUCACUACGUAUACGGAGCAAUGGUGGCCAUGUUGCUUCCUGAUACCCUUGCUCGACAGUUUCCAGGGCAGAUUAUAAUGUAUUGGGUACAGCAUGUCGCCAUAUUCUUCGUUGUACCUCCAUAUUUGAUAUGGCUUUGGGGGCCGAGUACACUGGAGCCGUUCAAAGAGUGGUCGUGGGCUUGUUUUGCUGGGAUUCUAUUUGGAGUGCAGCACCACUACAUCAUGCAACCUAUAGCUCUGCUGACACACGUGAACCUGAACUACCUCCUGUGCCCAGCGCUGAUGGAUCCGUUUGCCGGACCCUACUACCGCCUCUGGGCCGUGUUUCAUCAGACUGCAUGUCUCCUCUUACUCGGCAAAAUCUACACUCUUUUCCUGAGGCUUAUUAUCGCCGUCGUCUCCCUCAUCCUACCCGCGAGACAACUCCAAUUGGAGCCCACCUCUUCCAACAACAACAAACACGACUGAAUUCUACAUACAUAUAUAGACUGUCUCGAAAAUUAUCAUCCUCUAUUAUACCACUUUCUCCUUACCCUCUUUUCAACAGUACAACAUGCCCCUCACUCGCAUAAUAUGUAUCUUACAGCUGUAGCUAGGCUAUUUAUUACUGGGGCUCUGCACCCAAAAUGUACAGCGAAAUGAUAUUUUAUGUGAAGUUUUCUUUUGAAGAACAUGGACACAAAGAGUAAUAUUGGUUAUUGGGAUAAGGAGGGUGUUGAAAGUUUAUUUAAUCGGUAUCUUUGAACUGUUCAGGCGUUUCCUCCUGAGAUCGUACCAUUGGUAUUGGAUAUGGUAGCUUCAAACUCGGCAGGAGAUUGUAUUUGCAAGAUUCUCUCGAGAUGAGACAGAGUCGUGAGACCGUGAGGUGAGAGGUGGUCAAAUCCCUCGGAGGACGUGAAAAAUUCCCCUCCCUCUAGAUCUAUCACGUCACCGACUCCUUCUUCUUCCCCUUCCUCGUUUUCCGGCCCCUCCUCGUCAGAGUCUGAUUGGUCAGGGUCCGGAUAGAGCAGCUGACAUUGAGUGAUGGCACGGUAUAUCUCCUCCAGGUUGUCGGAGGAUGGCGGUACCAGUCUGUACUCUAUCACUUCCCCCUGCUCCUCUUCCUCUCCUUCCCCCUCUCCCCCCUCUUCAGCAUCGCCGGGUUGACGAAGGUACUGAAUAUAGACACAGUGGUGAGGGAAGACCGACGUAUCACGGCUGAUUGCGUGAAUGGCAAUGUUUGGAUACUCCAGUUCCAGGUUCUCUGAUCCGUCGCUGCUUCUCCAGCUAAGGCUACUUUCUUCAACGCUGAGUAGGCCCGGGCCCAGCUCGCGACCGUCUGCAAAUGCUCUCGUCUCUUCUUGCUGGAGAACCACCUCCACUCCUGCAAACUGCCCCUCCACCUCCGCCGCCAUUUU